UUUCAAAUAGCUGGCGGUUAGAGGAGUGAAUGCUUGCUUGGUGUGUGAUAUGUCAGGGUACUUUCAUAAUGGGUCGCGAAGUUUGUCUAUCUUUUCCAUAAGGGGGUUGCCGAGUUAAUGUGCUGAUUACCGCGCAUGCGCACAAAACUUGAUUCCGUUAGCUGUCAGAGGAGGAGGUUUUCCUCUUGUCCAUGGACCAGACUCAGCGCAGCGACCAGCGGCUAGCUUCUUAAAUGUAUUCAGAGUGUAAGGAAAACAAAACACUACGAACUUUUGGUGUUUUAAAACAACAAGAAUGUCUAUAGCGAGCUGUUUUCGAAGACUUGAGGUUUGUGAGAACUUGGACACUAUAGUCUUUACCAGGCGCACUAACGGUAACGUAAGUUACUAACGGCUGUUAAAGUGGCGGACCUUUAAAAGGUGGCACCGUCCUUCAAGAAGAGUAAUUAUUUUUAGUUUUUGUACAUAUCCGUAAUGAAAAUAGUAUAACUGUAAGUAACCAUGAACUAUGGUAUCUACUCUAUCGACUAAUGUAGCCUAGAGCCGGAGUAGCACAGGAUUUAAAGGAGCUGGACAGGUAGCCCGGUUGCUCCGUUGCGAUGGGCAACCGCGGGAUGGAGGAUCUGAUCCCGCUGGUCAACCGCCUACAAAAUGCCCUGGGCAGCGUGGGACAGAGCUGCAGCCUCCACCUGCCGCAGAUCGCUGUGGUGGGCGGCCAGAGCUCAGGCAAGAGCUCCGUCCUGGAAAACUUUGUGGGCAGAGACUUCCUUCCACGGGGUUCAGGAAUUGUCACUCGCAGACCUUUAAUCCUCCAGCUGCUUAGUGCUAACACAGAGUACGGUGAAUUUCUCCAUUGUAAGGGAAAGAAGUUCACAGACUUUGAUGAGAUCCGCAAGGAGAUCGAGGCAGAGACACGCAGACUCACAGGAUCCAAUAAAGGCAUCUCUCCUGUCCCCAUCAACCUACGGAUUUAUUCACCACACGUGUUGAACCUGACUCUUGUGGACCUGCCUGGCAUCACCAAGGUGCCUGUAGGCGACCAGCCAACAGACAUAGAGUACCAGAUACGAGACAUGAUCAUGCAGUUCAUCUGUAAGGAAAACUGUCUCAUCCUGGCUGUCACGCCAGCCAACACUGACCUGGCCAACUCUGAUGCACUCAAACUGGCCAAAGAUGUUGACCCACAUGGCCAGCGUACAAUUGGUGUAAUUACUAAGCUGGACCUGAUGGAUGAAGGAACAGAUGCCCGGGAAAUACUAGAGAACAGGUUGCUUCCACUACGCAGAGGUUACAUAGGGGUGGUGAACCGGAGUCAGAAGGACAUUGAUGGGAAAAAGGAUAUUAAGGCAGCUCUGCUUGCAGAGCAGAAGUUCUUCCUGUCCCAUCCGGCCUACAAACACAUGGCUGAAAGCAUGGGCACCCCAUAUUUACAAAGAAUGCUUAACCAGCAACUGACAAACCACAUCCGGGACACACUGCCAGCCUUCCGUAGCCGUCUGCAGAGCCAGCUUCUGGCCUUGAACAAAGAGGCUGAAGAGUACAGACAGUACAGUCCUGAUGACUCUGCACGCAGGACCAAGACACUGCUACAGUUAGUUCAGCGCUUGGCUGUUGACUUUGAGAAGCUAAUCGAGGGCUCAGGUGACAAAGUAGACACCGUUAAUCUGUCAGGCGGUGCUAGGAUCAACCGAAUCUUCCACGAGCGCUUCCCCUAUGAACUGGUGAAGAUUAAGUCUGAUGAGAAGAAGAUGCGGCGGGAGAUCAACUAUGCCAUCAGAAACAUCCAUGGUGUCAGGACGGGUCUGUUCACUCCUGACAUGGCCUUUGAAGCCAUAGUGAAGAAACAGAUAUCAAGUCUAAAGGGGCCGUGUAUUAAAUUUGUUGACAUGGUCAGUCAAGAACUAAUCACCACUGUGUACCAGUGUAUCAACAAGCUCAGUUCCUUUCCCAAACUGCAAGAUGAGACAGAGAGAAUUGUAACCACUGAAAUACAACAGCAAGAGAGUAAAUGCAGGGACCAGGUCUUGUUGCUCAUUGACAUACAGCUUGCCUACAUAAAUACCAAACAUGAGGAUUUCAUUGGCUUCACUAAUGCCCAGCAGGCGUACAACCAAAGCAAUAAGAAGAGUGUUGCAGGGAUGGCAAGAAACCAGGGUGUGGCCCCUCUUUCAACUCUAAUAGUCGUACGCAAGGGCUGGCUGACCAUCAGUAACAUCGGCAUCAUGAAAGGUGGAGCCAAGGAAUACUGGUUUAUUCUCACUGCAGAAAGCCUGUCCUGGUUCAAGGAUGAUGAGGCAUUUGGAGCGGCUCACUCUGACACAGCUGGAGCUGCCCCAAGCCAAACUGAGACACACAGACAUGCACGCACAAACACACACAGUGGGACAGAGUUGUAUAUACAGUGUACAGUACACAUGCAGAGUCUGAUGUAAACAAACUGGCAUGCAAAUAGUGGAGAAAAAUAUACACUCACUCAGACAGACACACAGUCACUUUUCAGAUUAACACUGUAUCGCUUGAACGCAGAGUUCCCAGACGCAGCCCCAGGCAUGCAUAUUGUACACACACAGUGUUAUAGGGUUACAAAUCAACUCACACAUACACACAGACUUAGCACAUCUGAGACAAAUAAUACAAAUAUCUGUUGACCACAUCAGAGCAACAAACUUUGGCUGUCUGCAGAUCAGGAUAAGAUACGUAUGUUUCACUACAAGGAUCAAAGCCAAUAUGAAAGUCUAAACCUUUUCAAUUAAUUUUGGUUCGGUUGGACUAGUCAUUGUUUAACUCUUGCGUCUCCUCACUACGUUGGAAGGGUUAUCAGUUGUGGUUGGAAGGCCUGAGUGCAAUGUCAGUCACCCAUAUUAUCACAGAAGAUCAUAUCCACUGCCUUUCCACAUGCAUCUGUGUAUCACACUAGCCAAGCUUCUGCUUCUUCUCUCUUGCAGUUCCCGCUCUCGCUUUCCCCACCCACACUACCUCCACAGACAUUUUCUACCACUGCUGCCCCCCCCUUUUUUUAUUUUCUCUUUCUUUACCUCUGUUGCCUUUUCCUCCUCCUUUCUCUCCUUCACUCUGUCUGCCUCUCUCUUUCUCUCUCACUGUCUCCCCCUCUUUCUCUCUCUCCCCCUUUCUGUGGUUGGCAGUCUCCCUGGGACUGUGCACAUUCCUGGCUGGAAAAUCUGAAGCUUUGUCCAAACACCAGCUUCCAAGAUCUGCCCAGAGAAAUCCCACAUGGCUGUUUCUACACUGCAGACCUCCCCUUUUGACUCCCCCUCUCUCGUCUCAACUCCUCCACAGUCUCGCUCACAAAUACCCCCCCCAACCUCACCUCUCCAUCCCUGUGUAGAUUGCUUAUAUACGCUCCAAUUUUUUAACAUCUUUAAGGCUGUAUGUCCUUUCUGUGUACCACAACAAUCGUACCCUCAUAAUGACCUCAUACUGAGAGUGCAGCAUAAUAGUUCAGAGUUUAAUCUCCACAGCACACUGAACAGACAGACAUACAUUCCUUCACCCCUCGACUGCCAGGGCUCCACCAGGCAGCCUGAAGAAAAACAGAUGGCUCAUGCCUAUACACUUAAUCUACAUGUCCCCCUCUGUGUGUAGGUGUGUGUGAGGCCUGUUUCAAAUCUCAAAUCCAUUAGUCUACAGGAAGAGGAGACACAGCUUCAGACACAGCAGCUCUGAUG